UAAGCCUCGCCGCUUGCUCCACUCUGCGCCAAAGAUGCCUACUUGUGCGCCUGCGCUGUGACCUAAACGUGGGACUGGCUGGAUUGGAAACUAUGGCGUGGGUACCAGCGGAGUCUGCAGUGGAAGAGUUGAUGCCCCGGCUGUUGCCAGUGGAUCCCUGCGACUUGACAGAAAGUUUCGAUCCCUCCGUACCCCCGAGGACGCCUCAGGAAUACUUGAAGCGGGUCCAGAUCGAAGCAGCUCAAUGUCCAGAUGUCGUGGUUGCGCAAAUUGACCCAAAGAAGUUGAAAAGGAAGCAAAGUGUGAAUAUUUCCGUGAGUUUUAUUACCCGUCAGCUUUCAGGAUGCCAACCUGCUCCUGAAGGAUAUUCCCCCACACUUCAGUGGCAACAGCAGCAAGUGGCACAGUUUUCAGUUGUUCGACAGAGUGUGAACAGACAUAGAAAUCACUGGAAAUCACAGCAGUUGGAUAGUAACGUGACCAUGCCAAAAUCUGAAGAUGAAGAAGGCUGGAAAAAAUUUUGUCUGGGUGAACGGCAAUGUGCUGAAGGGGCUCUUGGACCAACUAAAAACGAAAAUCCUGAAAUAGAUUAUAUACAAAUUGGUUUUCCUCCCUUGCUUAGUAUUGUUAGCAGAAUGAAUCAGGCAACAGUAACCAGUGUCUUGGAGUAUCUGAGUAAUUGGUUUGGAGAAAGAGACUUUACUCCAGAAUUGGGAAGAUGGCUUUAUGCUUUAUUGGCUUGUCUUGAAAAACCUUUAUUACCUGAGGCUCACUCACUGAUUCGGCAGCUUGCAAGAAGGUGCUCUGAAGUCAGGCUCUUAGUGGACAGCAAAGAUGAUGAGAGGGUUCCUGCUUUGAAUUUAUUAAUCUGCUUGGUUAGUAGGUAUUUUGACCAACGUGAUUUAGCUGAUGAGCCAUCUUGACGUAGCUGAUCUCUCUCAGGGAUAGAAGAUACGUGUGAUGAAGGCAGCCGAACUCUGAGGAAGUACAAUGCCAAUUCAAGUAGAUUGCAUCACAUCUUCAACAUUAUGUGAGGGGUCUUCAUCUUAAACUGUGCAACACAGAAGAUAGCUUGUAUGGAUUUGAAUAUCUGAAGUAUCUUAGGAAAAACUCACCUAGUUUCUAAUGACAAGUUUUAAAGUUUUUCUAUAACUACAUGCAAUGCUGUAUGAUGGAAUUUUACAAAUGUCCUUGGUGCUGUUUCAUUGUUUUAUAUGAAUACACAUAAAAUUUUAUUGGAAAUGUUCUGGUUACUAAAAUUUUGUUUGACUCUUGAACAAAAGACAAUGGAGAAAGGUUCUUAGUGUUGGAAUUAAAAUAAUCUAGAUUAAAUGGCAAAUCUGUUCAUAGCAACAAAAUUAAGCAAACGUUUUAAAACCCUUUCAGCUCAGUACUUUUAUUUAAAUGCCUUAUUGCACAAAACUUUUCUUAACAAAUCUUUUUUAAUAAUACCCUAAUAGAUUAACUAUUUAAUUUUUCUGUCAAAUCUUCUGUUCAUUUCACUUAUAAUUUAUAUAUCAGGUACAGAUGUUUCCUACUUUAAGUACAGAAGAUCCAAGUAGCAAUGGUUCUUCAAAUAGGGGUUUAUUUUUCUCACAUAACGAGAUGUGAAGAGGAGCUGGCUGCUGGCAUUGGUUCAGUGACUCUGCAAUACCAAGGUCUCUGAUCUUUCAGCCUUUCCCUCAUGGUAACAAGAUAUGGCCACUGCAGAUCAAAGAAAUAUGUCUAUAUUCUGAGAGGAAAGGGGCUGAAGAAAGCAGAGCCUUCCACAUCUGAUUCUUUUCUCAUAAAAGCAAAACCUUCUCCACAAAUCCCAAAAUCUAUGUUCAUCUGUUGGCUACAACGUAUAAGAUAAACACCUCUGCUCCAAGAAAGGUUGGGAAAUGAAAUUGUAAGCCUUUCCAGGCUUUCCAAUAGAGGUUGAAAAGGAAAAGGGGAUUGGGAAUAACUGUGGAUUAGGCAACCAAUAGUUUUGCCACUAGUUAUAAAUAGAGCAGAUACAAUUUUACAUUUGAUCUUACGUUUUCAUAAAAAGCUGAUUUUUAAAUGUGAGCUUAAUAGUCCAAGUUGUUUUUUAUCAUAAUUUACACAUUCUUUCAUUGUCGGAUACCUAAUCUGUUCUCUGUUAAUCCGAUAUAAAAACACUACCAUAAGUUUCCAAGAGUGCACCUGAAACUAAUAAAAAAAAAAAAA